AUGAAACUCUCCAUUUGCCUCCUACUCGCUGCGGUCACAGCUACGACGAUCUGUGUACAAGCAACGGAUACCCGUCCGAACGAACUUCUUGAUGGACUUGACGUGCUUUCUCAUAUCCUCACGGAUAAGGACAGUCGGGUGUAUGUCGAAGAUGAUGGACAUGACCACUACCACGACCACGAUGACUACCACCACAAGAACAUCUAG